AUGGCAUCCAGCCGCUCGGCCCAGGAGGUGAUUUCUGCGCUCAACCUCGCUCCGCACCCGGAGAAGGGCUACUACAUCGAGACCUUCCGCGAUACGGCAACGUCAGUGUCCGCCGAUGGAGAGGGAAAGGCGCGUGCCAACAGCACUUGCAUCUACUACCUCCUGGAGGGCGACUCGGGGUUGUCGCACUGGCACCGCGUCCUUGACGCCGUCGAGAUCUGGCAUCACUACGCCGGCGCGCCCUUGCAGCUCUCGCUAUCGUGGGACGACGACCAGAAGCCCGUCGAGCAUGUUAUUCUUGGGAAGGACCUGUGGAGUGGGGAGCGCCCCCAAGCGGUCAUCCAGCGGGGGCAGUGGCAGCGGGCAAGGAGCCUGGGUGCCUGGACGCUGGUUGGGUGCACGGUAGCUCCGGCGUUUGUCUUUGAGUCAUUCGAAAUGGCGACCCCUGGGUGGGAGCCGAAAGGAGCAGGAGCGUCGACCGCUUGA